GUAACUAUGGUGAGAGUGGUAUGGAAGCCUUUAAGGAACUGGCAGCUAGAGAGGGGAUCUGUAUCGCUCACUCGGAUAAGAUCUACAGCAACGCAGGGGAGCACAACUUUGACAAGCUGCUGGAGAAGCUGAGAGGACACCUGCCCAAGGCUCGGGUGGUGGCGUGUUUCUGCGAGGGGAUGACUGUACGCGGCAUACUGAUGGCAAUGAGACGGAAACACCUGGUUGGGGAGUUCCUACUGGUGGGGAGUGAUGGCUGGGCUGACCGGUAUGAUGUGACAGAUGGAUAUCAGCAAGAGGCUGCGGGGGGAAUAACUAUAAAGCUGAAGUCAGCCUACAUCCCCUGGUUCGACGACUACUACUUGGCUCUGCAACCAGAUGACAACACCAGGAACCCCUGGUUCACUGAGUUCUGGCAGCACCGGUUCCAAUGUAGACUAAAGGGACACGCACAGGAGAACACCAAGUACAACCGUACCUGCAAUAGUGAGUAUGAGAUCAUGAACUUUAAGCGUCUGGGCGGUGGCGGUGAUGGUGGCGGUGGCGGUGGGGAGCAGUACAGUUAUAUCCAUGUGGGGAGCUGGGACCAGGGAGGACUGAGGAUGGACGACGAAGAGAUGUGGGCUAACGCCUCCACCAUUAUACAGUCUGUCUGCUCUGAACCCUGCCAGAAGGCACAGAUCAAGGUGAUCCGUAAAGGUGAGGUCAGCUGCUGCUGGACCUGUACUCCCUGUAAAGACAAUGAGUUUGUGUUUGAUGAGUACACCUGCCGUGCCUGUGACCUAGGGGCCUGGCCUACCGACGACUUGACAGGUUGUGAGCCUAUCCCGGUGCAGUAUGUGCGUUGGGGAGACCCUGAACCCAUAGCAGCAGUGGUGUUCGCCUGUCUGGGGCUCAUGGCUACUCUGUUUGUUACCUCCAUAUUCAUCAGGUUCUAUGACACCCCGGUAGUGAAGUCGAGCAGUAGAGAGCUGUGUUACAUCAUCCUGGCUGGCAUCUGUCUGGGCUAUCUCUGUACCUUCAGCCUCAUCGCCAAGCCCCACGCUGCACACUGUUACCUACAGAGACUGGGGAUAGGACUGUCUGCCAUGAGCUACUCUGCCCUGGUCACUAAG